AUGAAAGAUAUUUCUAGAUCUCCGGUGAGAAGAAACGACGGAUUCCACCGCUACUUGAAACCAGGCGCGCUUGCUCAGAUCCGAAACUCGAGAAUCAACGCUAGAUCUACCACUUCUCUAGUAACUCGCUCUCUCCCGAACGUACUCGAUCCGUCCUCCGCUUCUCAGAUCUCCGUUGAUGAAGUCACGGCGGCGCAAAAUCUGACGAUGGAUCAGGUACCGCAUCUAUUGAGAAAGAUCUAUGGUCCUUAUUCACUCAAGAGGAAGAAAUUAGCCGCUGCUAGGUCAGUUUCGUCGAUGAUGAUGAUGAAUUUGAAUCUGCCUAUAAAUUCAAUAAUUGAAUCUAAUGGUGGAAGCAACGGUGUGUUGAAUAGUGAUGUAAUUGCUCAUUGA